CCCUCCCUCCACCAUCUCCGCCAUACCGCAACCAUGGGCAAAGUCGAGGAGCGCUCACCGUCCGUCUACAGCGAGGGCGUCGGCCAUGCGCCCGUCAAGCGCGAAAGCGGCAUUCUGUCCAAGCUACGCGCCUUCGAGGCCAGAAUGGAUGCAAAACUCGGCAUCGAGUCAGAAGCCAUCAGCAGAAAACUACCCGAGGACAAGGGUCACGUGCCAUGGCACCACCAGCUGAAUAUGUUCUUUCUGUGGGCGUCUGGGACGAUGAACACUUCGUGUUUCGCCACUGGGUUCCUGGGAUGGGAGUUUGGCCUGACGCUCCGCCAGUCCAUCAUCAUCACCAUCUUCGCCUCCAUUCUCGGUGGCGCUGCGACAGGCUUCGCAGCAACUUUUGGCGCACCGACUGGUCUGCGCCAGAUUUCUGUGUCGCGAUAUGCAUUCGGCUGGUGGCCAAACAAGGUCAUCGCGGCACUCAACACCAUCGUGCAGAUUGGCUGGGCAGCCGUCGCUUGCAUCACGGGCGGUCUGGCGCUGACGGCUGUGGCUGACGGCCACAUCUCUCUGAUCGUUGGCAUCGUUAUCCUCGCUGUGGUCGCUACGAUCAUUUCAUUCUUUGGACUCAAGGCUAUCCUCAUAUACGAACGAUACGCCUGGUUCGUCUUCUUCAUCAUCUUCAUUAUUUUCUUCGCCGAAACUGCGAAAUAUACAGACAACAGCACCGCGACUGAACUCAAAGGCGCCGAUCUCAGUGGGAUGGUUCUGAGCUUGAUCGCCAUCGUGUACGGCAGCUCAGCCUCGUGGCAGACCAUGGCUUCCGACUACUACGCUCAUUACCCUGUCAACGUAUCCCGCUGGAAAGUCUUCUUGAUGACAACAUUCGGCAUUGCGAUUCCCACGUCAAUCGGUAUGAUCGCAGGAUGCGUCGUCUCCUUCGGCAUGAACAACCGCGCAGACUGGAAGGACGUCUAUGAGACCGACGGCCUCGGCUUCCUCAUCCAAACCAUGUUGUACCCGCGCGGCUUCGCAAAGCUGAUCCUCACCCUCCUCGUACUCUCCGGCAUCAACGUCAACGUCAUCUCCAUCUACAGCGCCGCCAUCUCGUGCCAGCAGUUUUCGCGCCCGUUCGCUCGCGUGCCCCGCUUCAUCUGGGUGUUGUUGUGCUUUGCUGCGAUUCUCGGCCUCGCCAUUGGAGGUCGUGAGCAGCUGAGCGUCUACCUUCAGAAUUUCCUCAGUCUGCUCGGAUACUGGUCCACGCAGUAUUUCAUCAUUCUGUUCAGCGAGCAUGUCAUUUUCCGAAAGAUGAACUUCGACAAUUACGAUCUGGAUGCGUGGAAUGACCCGAGUCGCUUGCCGCUUGGUAUUGCUGCUGGCGUUGCUUUUGCGAUUGGCAUUAUCGCCUGGAUCAUGGGCAUGGUCGAGACGUGGUAUGUGGGGCCACUGGGAAAGCUGAUUGGAUCUGGCGGCGGCGAUAUCGCGAACGAGUUCACUUUCAUCAUCACCGGUCUCGUUUACAUACCAGCGAGAUUUCUCGAGAAGAAGAUUGUCGGUAGGUAAACGUGAGUACAAAAGUUCGGAUAUAAGCAUAUGUAUAAAUUCCUGCCAAGUAUUUCUAGCAACAACGAUAUUCCUCCAUGUCUUCUCGUCAGUCUCAUGCAUCCUAUUCGUGAGCAUCCUCUUUCUGGACAGACUCACCAGCAGCCAAAUUUUC